AUGCUGUUCCUCGCUCUUCUCGCGCCUCUCCUCCAGCUUGCGGCUGCUGCUCCUGCCACGGAUGUGGCAGUGGCAGGCCGCACUCAUCUCCUUGGGAAGCGUAGUGAUGGUACGGGAGUACACCUUGUGAACUGUGAUCGCUUUGGAGGCGAGGGCACAAUUUUGCCCGCGAGUUCCUACGUCGUUUUCUGCCCGGUCGAUAGCGACUGCAAACAUGUGCCCAACUCAGACAACAGCUGCACCAUGUCAAGCAACUUCCUCUUCACCUGGGAGGGAGCGGCUCAGGCUUGCACAUUCCCUACUGGCGUUCGUUUUGCUUGGUUCAUCGACUCCGACGCACAGUCGAAACCUAACUUCCAGCAUAUUGGCGACGGUGGUAACCAGUUCCGGGCGUACGCGGGUUUCAAGGACGACCAGCACACCAUGUUCAACCAGGGAUCUAGGUCGUGCCACUCUAUCUACUACUUCAUCUAA